UGUAGACAGAGCAUUAACCAGCAAGAUGUUAACAUGGCGAGAUAUGAUAACUUCUGGCAUUACCUGCUCUACAGACCUACCUUUCCAGCCUCCUGUCUGCCCAGAAACCUACAGCAGAAAGUUGGACCCAGGGGCACCAAGAUUCCUGUCUAUAGGAUGCAAAUGCAGCACUGGACCCAGGGAGGUCUCACCAGCAUCUGUAGUCUUUGUUUUCAGGGUCUGGCCAGGACAGUGCCUGAAGAAUCUGAAUGCAGAAGAUCCUGGGAUGUGGGUCCUGGACAGGGUGUAGGAUCCUACAAGGACAUCACCUCUGGUCCCAGUCAGAAAACGCCAUGGAGGGGAAUGGGAUUUCAAGCUAGUGACAGGUUUGAGGGGGAUACUUCACGGACCGAGGCCGCCGGUCAAGUGGCCAUUCCUGUUCUAGUGGGCACGGCCCUGAGCUGGCAGACCCACCGGCGCGGGUAGCCCCCCCAGAGCACAAAGCCCAAGUCCCCGUGGGGCCUGCCUGCUCCUGAGGAACUCCGCGCACAACGCAGUAGCCGGUGCCUAACCCCAGCCAGCCACACAGUGGCGCCAGAGCUCGCAGUCGGGCCAGCUCCUCCGGUUGCCGAGGUGUCACGUGGUGCAGGACCGCGGAGCCGGGUGAUAGGCGCCGAGCGAAACUCUCGUCCCGCCCACCCGAGUCACGUGGUGCGGCCGGCGCAGCUUGAUAACGCAGCUCCCGGCCCCUCGGCGCCGCUCCCGCCCCGCCCCGCCGCCGCCGCCGCGCCGAGUCCUUUUGUCCAAGAUGGCGGCGCCGGGGGCGCUGCCUCCUGGGCUGCCGCCGCUGCUGCUGUGAGGGACCUGCGGGCCGCCCGCCCGCCGCGCCGGCGCCAUGAAGCGGCAGAACGAGCGAGACUCCAGCCCGAGCGGGCGUGGCUCGUCAUCGUCCGCCAAGCGGCCGCGGGAGCGCGAACGGGAGGCAGAGGCGGGCGGGCGGCGAGCAGUGCACAAGGCCUCCGGCGGCACCAAGCACCCGGUUCCAGCGCGGGCUCGUGACAAGCCCCGCGGCAGUGGCGGCGGCGGGCAUCGCGACGGUCGCGCUGCCGGGGAUGCGAAUCACCGAGCGAGCAGCGGGCGCUCCUCGGGCGCGCCCGGAGGCGGAGGACGCACCGGCAAGGCCUCGGGGGACCCCGGUGCCGGCGGCUCGUCGCCCCGCGCCUCUCCGCUGCCACCGCCCCCGCCGCCCCCCGGGGCGGAACCAGCGGGUCCCGGCUCCACGGCGGCUCCGGAAUACAAGACGCUCCUCAUCAGCAGCCUGAGCCCCGCGCUGCCGGCCGAGCACCUGGAGGACCGGCUCUUCCACCAGUUCAAGCGUUUCGGUGAGAUCAGCCUGCGCCUGUCGCACACUCCGGAGCUGGGCCGCGUGGCCUACGUGAACUUCCGGCACCCACAGGACGCGCGCGAGGCCCGGCAGCACGCCCUGGCCCGGCAGCUGCUGCUCUACGACCGGCCGCUCAAGGUAGAGCCGGUCUACCUGCGCGGCGGCGGCGGCGGGAGCAGCCGGCGCAGUAGCAGCAGCAGCGCCGCCGCCUCCACGCCGCCCCCGGGGCCCCCCACGCCCGCCGACCCCCUGGGCUACCUGCCGCUGCACGGAGGCUACCAGUACAAGCAGCGCUCGCUGUCACCGGUAGCCGCCCCGCCCCUGCGGGAGCCCCGCGCUCGGCACGCCGCGGCAGCCUUCGCCCUGGAUGCUGCGGCCGCGGCCGCCGUGGGACUGUCUCGGGAGCGGGCUUUGGACUACUACGGGCUGUACGACGACCGCGGGCGCCCCUACGGCUACCCGGCCGUGUGCGAGGAGGACCUGAUGCCGGAGGAUGACCAGAGAGCCACGCGCAACCUCUUCAUCGGGAACCUGGACCACAGUGUAUCUGAGGUGGAGCUCCGACGGGCCUUCGAGAAGUACGGCAUCAUUGAGGAGGUGGUCAUCAAGAGGCCUGCCCGUGGCCAAGGUGGUGCCUAUGCCUUCCUCAAGUUUCAGAACCUGGACAUGGCACACAGGGCCAAGGUGGCUAUGUCCGGCCGGGUGAUUGGCAGAAACCCCAUAAAGAUAGGCUACGGCAAGGCUAACCCCACCACCCGCCUCUGGGUGGGUGGUCUGGGACCUAACACCUCGCUGGCAGCCCUGGCCAGGGAAUUUGAUCGCUUUGGGAGCAUUCGGACCAUCGAUCACGUCAAAGGAGAUAGCUUUGCCUACAUCCAGUACGAGAGCCUGGACGCAGCCCAAGCCGCCUGCGCUAAAAUGAGGGGCUUUCCCUUGGGUGGGCCGGAUCGCAGGCUCAGGGUGGAUUUUGCCAAAGCAGAGGAGACUCGCUAUCCCCAGCAGUACCAGCCCUCCCCUCUCCCUGUGCAUUAUGAGCUGCUCACUGAUGGAUAUACCCGGCAUCGAAACCUGGAUGCGGACCUAAGGGUGCGGGAUAGGACCCCUCCACACCUCCUCUAUUCAGACCGGGACCGGACCUUUUUGGAAGGGGACUGGACCAGCCUCAGUAAAAGUUCCGACCGCAGAAACAGCCUGGAGGGCUAUAGCCGCUCAGUGCGCAGCCGGAGUGGUGAGCGCUGGGGAGGAGAUGGGGACCGGAGUAUAGCCAAGCCCUGGGAAGAGAGACGCAAGCGAAGGAGCCUUUCCAGUGACCGUGGGAGGGCAACUCAUUCCCCUUAUGAGGAACGGAACAGGACCAAGGGUGGGGGGCAGCAGUCUGAGCGAGGCUCGGACCGCACCCCUGAGCGUAGCCGAAAGGAAAACCACUCCAGUGAAGGGACCAAGGAGUCAGGCAGCAACUCCCUCAGCAACAGCAGACAUGGUGCGGAGGACAGGGGCCACCAUCACCACCACCACGAGACUCCAGACUCCUCCCAUGGAAAAAAGACUCGAGAGAGUGAACGCAAUCAUCGGACCACUGAGGCAGAGCCCAAGACUCUUGAAGAGCCAAAACACGAGACCAAAAAGCUAAAGACUCUUUCCGAGUACGCUCAGACACUGCAGCUGGGUUGGAAUGGGCUUCUAGUUUUGAAAAACAGCUGUUUUCCAACAUCUAUGCACAUCCUAGAGGGGGACCAGGGAGUUAUCAGCGGUCUCCUCAAAGACCACACUUCUGGCAGCAAGCUGACCCAGCUAAAGAUUGCCCAGCGCCUUCGACUGGACCAGCCCAAGCUGGACGAGGUCACCCGUCGCAUCAAGCAGGGGAGCCCCAACGGCUACGCAGUGCUCCUAGCCAUCCAGUCAGCCCCCAGUGGACCUGGCACUGAAGGGGUGCCCGCCGUGGAACCAGGCCUACAGAGGCGGCUUCUCAGGAACCUGGUCUCCUACUUGAAACAGAAGCAGGCUGCAGGGGUGAUCAGCCUGCCAGUGGGUGGGUCUAAGGGCAGAGACAGCACGGGCAUGCUCUAUGCUUUCCCACCCUGCGACUUCUCACAGCAGUACCUGCAGUCGGCACUGCGGACCCUGGGCAAGCUAGAGGAAGAACAUAUGGUGAUAGUUAUAGUCAGAGACGCUGCCUAGCCCGCACCUGCUCUUCCGCUGUGUUUGUGUCACAGAGCAGUCAUGUUAAAAUCUGCUCCCUUCUCUACCUACCUUACCCCCUUGGUUUGAAUUCUCUGCUGGGUUGUUCUGGUUCAUUUGGUGGCAUCCUGUCCACUGCUAAAACUAAGCUCAUGGGUCUGGGGCUUUUUUUUGUUGUUUUUUUACAAGAAAAAAACUCCUGUUGUGUUUCCCAUGUAUGAGCUAUUAUCUGCUGUAUUCUGUAUUUUUUUAUUCUUUUUUAUUUUUAUUUUUUUGACUAACUGUAUGGAAAGUUGUCAGUAAAGCCUUUGUCAGAGGAUGAAUUUUUUUUAAUCUGACCAUAGUCCUGGUUUAAUCAGGUUUUUUCUUAAAAAAUGGAAAACUGCCCUCAGUGCAUGACCUAUGUCCAAUUUUUGGUACCACUGCUUCUAGCAGUGUGCUACGUUCGUGGUGCCCAGCUCUUCGUCUGUCAGGACCCUGCUCACACUCAUUGGUCCCUAAUGGCCAACAGGCUUGUGUGACGUGGGCCGUUACACCACCCUGAGCAGAGCCAGUUAGAGGAAGGGCCUGGGCCUAAGAUCUGUACCAACCACUACAGGUAGUUUUUAUUAUUGUUUUUUCCCUGUCUUAAGUGCUUCAGUUUGAGCUAUGGCCGUUAGACAAGGUACCUAAUUCUAAAGCUUGUUGGACAGAGAGGGUAGUUUUCAGUUUUGUGGUCUUGCAUUGGGGGGAGGAACAGUGCAAUAUUGAUGCUGAGGAGCCUUGUGCUUAACCUGUCCAGGCUCCCUCUGGAUCAGUCUUUAGUCUUUAUGUAGUUUAGGGUCUCCAGUAUCAGUCAGCUGCCUGGUUCCCAGGGGUCCUGGAGGGAAAUGGUGGGAUGCAGGGUGAGAAGCAGCCUAGCUUGGUUAACCCUUCAAUGUGCUUGUGAUUUGGGGCUUUCUUUGGUCUUUCAGGGUUGUCAGUAGAGUGAGCCUGUGCCACAGUCAAAUCUAGAGGUUUAUGGCCAACAGCAAACUUCCCAGCUACAGUACUCAGUGCUGCAAGGGAAUACAGUGUCCUUGGUGAGUGACAUAGCUUUCCGUGAUGAGCCACAGAAAUGAGGUAAGGAAACAGAUCAUUCUCUGUGGGAAAGAAGUCACAGUUGCUAAAUGAUAGGCUAGAGCCCAGAGCCUCAUCAGCUGGGCUUAGAAGGAAACAGAUUGAGGCAUCCUCAGGCUGGGAGGGGAAAGUGGCCCAAGGAGUUUUAGGCUCUGCCUUUGCUGUCUCAAGUAGGACGUUAGAUCAGGCAACAGUUGUCACCACAGAUCACAGCUAGGCUGAGGAUGUGCCAGCUUGAGAAGUCCCAACCAGUCAGGCCUAGGAGAAUGGGAGUCCUGGUUAGGGGUUGGUUCUGGCCCACCUGUAACCUCUGGGCUCUGAGAUAGACCUUGGCGGUUUUAUGGAGUUCAUGUAUGUCUACAAGGACAGAAACUCUGGAAAUUGGGUAAAAUAGGGACUUUCUUCUCACCAGAUCUUGGCUGGUAUUCAUGAGACCAAACAUGUCUCUAAAACAGAGGGUCGCAACCCCUUUGACAAACUUGUGUCACCAGAAAAUAUUUACGUUACAAUUCAUAACAGUAGCAGAAUUACAGUUAUGAAGUAGCAAUGAAAAUAAUUUUAUGGUUGGGGUCACCAACACAAGAGGAACUGUGCUAAGGGAUCACAGCAUAGGAAGGUUGAGGACCACUGCUCUGAAGCAUUAAUGAGAGUGUUAAUGUAUCCUUGAGCUGUGGUCACUGCCUUCAUUGGAGCAAGUCAGUAGGCCUGGUGUCCCAAACUACUUCAGAAUUGUCAUACCGCCAGAAACCAGAGCAAGCCUCAUCUUGAAGGCCUGUUGCAGUUUUUCUUGGAAAUCUUGAACAAUGUCAUAGAACAGCUAGCUACAAAGCAAGUUUCAUCACCCAAGUGCACCCUUCCCAGGCAGAACCAAGACACCCCGGCCCCAGCUUUAAUCAACCCGUUUGGAAAGGGUCACCCUUUGGCUCCAGUGAUAACCACUAUUUUCUUGGUAAGACCCACAACCCUCUGUGGCCUCCUAGCCAGCCCUGCCAGCACUAAAGAAGGUGUGGGUCAGGUAACCAAGGCCUUUUCUGGUCAUGACAUUGUCUCCAGAGAGAAAGCCAACAGCAGGUACCCAGCGGCUGACGUUUCAUGAAGGCAAAAAACCAGAGCAGACAAAACCCCUUAAUGGGUAGUGUUUUUAUACCCUGUGUCUUCCUAAGUGACUCAGGUUUUGAACCCUAGUAGAACAAGGAAGGUAGAUGUUUUCUUUUAGUCUCGUGAAACACAUUCCUAAGGGAGUGUUGUCAAGUCAACCAGAAUUGUGCUUUCCUAUUAAAUGUGCCCGUCUCCACCUUGGGAGGCCUGUGGGUACUCCCAAGAGCUUCUGGCAGAUGAGCUGAAUUAGUGAUGAUGCAGAGUUUCGCUGCUUUCUCUUCAGCUGCAUUCAGUGCCGCCAUCAGACUUGUACCGAUGUUGUCAGCUAACCAGUUAAUGCCAAGGCAUGAAGCAGACGAGGAGCCGAGGCCUCGGCUUUUACAGGAACAGGAUGGAUGUGCCUCUGUGGUCCAGGCCAUUUCAGUGUGACAGGUUGUGUUCCUGAGUGUAGCAGGUUCUACCUACCCCUGGAGAGUUUUUGCCAUCUUUUGUUGCUUGUUUACUUUAUACCCAAUACACCCUUCUCUCAGUAGAGGGAGAGGUGUCUCUGUGGCUAUGUAAUUAAUGCCUAUGUAACAGAAACCGAAGCUACCAUUUUGGCAAAAUCAGAGAGAGAAAUUAAUGUUUUAUAUUUAUUGUGGGAAAAGAAAUGGUGGGAUAAACAAAGCAUGAGCCCCUGAUACUUUCAGACCCGUGAAGUUUUUCCUCCAUACCCAACGUGACCAAGCCUCAAGUACCCCUCAACUUCUAGGACUGAAAAAGACCUAGGGGUGGCCAGACUGCUCCUUAAAGGUCCCACACAUAGUGAUAGAGAUGCAGCCCCACUCCCUUAUCCCCUCUGCCUCCCCCCGCCCCUUAUCCUCACAAGGCCUCCAGCAACUUCAGGCCAGGCUCAAGUGACUAAACUACUAUCUGCCCUGGGAGACUUGCUGUGGGAGGGGCUCUGCCUUCCUUAGGUCCCCUGGUCUGGCCAGAACUGUGAGGAGGUGAAGGACACCCCACCUCAGUAAAAGAAAACAAGGAAAGGCCAUAAACAAAGACAGACUUGUAGU